AAUAUCAAUUCAUCAAUUAUGGGAAUGUUAAUUGUAUGUUAUUGGAUACAUAUUAGUAUCUAUUUUCAGACGACGACACAAGGAUCAAGCUACGCGACUGUGAGACAGAUUACAUUAAUGCUAGUUUCAUAGAUGGGUAUAAUAAACGACAUGCGUACAUUGCAGCUCUAGGUCCUAUGUCAAAGCAGCUCGGGGAUUUCAGUCCAUUUUGGCAGAUGAUCUGGCAAGAGAAAGUGGAGAAAAUUGUCAUGCUGACCAACCUUGUUGAAGAUGGGAAGAAUAAAUGCGAGCAAUAUUGGCCACAUCCUGAAACCAGUAAAAACUACGGAAUGUAUUUUGUUUCCUGUCUUAACGAGAAUGAAUAUGCCGACUAUAAGAGGAGGGAAUUCACAAUUUCAAAGGGUCGCGAGACCAGAGAACUUCAUCACCUUCACUUUACCUGCUGGCCUGACAAAGGUGUGCCGGAUGAUGUGACAGGAAUCACUGAGUUCAGACAGAGAGGGCAGAACAUACCUAGCCAAUUUGAUGGUCCUAUUCUCGUUCACUGCAGUGCUGGAGUUGGAAGAACUGGAACAUACAUUGCUCUAGAUAUUUUGACAAAGGAGGGAGAGAGUGAGGGAUCAUUACACAUCCCUGGCUGUGUGAUUAACAUAAGACACGAUAGGGCCAACAUGAUACAGACCACGAAUCAGUACGAGUUCUUACAUAAAGCACUCGUCUGUUCACUGAGUGAUAUCAGCAAACCAAUAAGAGGGAAAUACUUUCGCCAGUACAUGAGGCAGAUGGGGGAUGAAGACUUCAACGGGCAGUUUCAGGAGAUGCAAACCAUUUUAGAAAAGCCAUCGGAUAAGGAAAUGCAUGCCGUUGAGAAGAAUAAGAGAAUGAAAGGCAAGAACAGACCAUUUGCAGACAUACCAGGAGAUCGCAACAGACCUUGUCUGUUCCUUGAUAGCACACCAGGAGCUUCUGGAUAUAUAAAUGCUGUUUACAUCGAUAGCUUGAAAGAGAAGAAUCACUUCUUGGUUGUACAAACUCCUUUGAAAGAAACUGUGAUUGACUUUUUGACACUGCUGUUGCAGGAAAAUUGCACAUGUGUCGUAUGUUUUGAACAUGCAACACAAAAACAAAAAAAACAAAAUGUCGGAUUGUAUUAUCCUGCUGGAAACCACGUUUUAAAACAAGGCAUGUUUCAAGUCAGCUGGACCAAACAAGAAAACCACGGCUUUUGCACAAAAAGACUCCUAACGAUCAAACACAAUGAACCCAAUGGGCAAUGUUCUGAAAGGGAAGUCACCCACUUUGAAUUCAAUGCAUGGGAUCAUACCAGUGACAUCCCGAGAUCAACUAAAGAUUACCUUGAUCUUAUCAAAAGAGUGGACGCAAACUUAAGAGAAGUUUCUAACCGAGGCCCGGUUCUUGUUCAUUGUUUAGACGGGGCAGGUAAAAGUGCAUUGUUUUGUGUUGUUUCGAUUCUGAUUGAAAAGAUGGAUAUAUACCAGGAAGUCAGCGUUGUUAACACAAUAAGGAAGGUCAAGUCAAUACGGAAAUCAGCAAUCCCUACCAAGGCUCAGUUUGAAUUCUGCCACGAAUGCGUGUUGUCCUACGUGAAGUCAUUUGAAUACAGUCAAUAUGCGAAUUUCACCGCUAGAAUAUCCAGUGUAUCAGAUGCUUAAACUAAUUGAAAAAGCUAGACAACAGCUAAGCUGAGAAUGAAUAUACAAACGCUUGUCAAUGCUUGAACAUAACUAGGUUUUCCUGCCUGAACAUUGUACCAGUAUAUAGGGGGUCUGUUCUGUUGACAAGUCCAAUUGUUUGAUACACAAUGUAUUUCAAGAAGUAUUGAUUUCGCUAAACCAGAGGAAUAUGUGAGCUGUCCAUUAAGGAUUUGCUGACAACUCUUACAUAUAUGUACUAUAAACAAGUUGUCUGGGUUGAAGUUCGUUUAUCGUACAAAGUCACACAAUGUAAACAAAUCAACAUAAACUUUCAAUGAUUUAUAUUCAUGAUUUGUGUGCGAUUAUAGAUUGUUUGUAAAUUAUCAUAUUCUGUUGUAAGGUAUGGUCUUCCUUGUAAAGUGUUCUAAUCUAGAUGUAAAACUGGUAGGGAAUGUAUCAAAGCCGUGAGGGAGUACAUGCCAACAUUUACUUACGCCUUUAUCUGGACUCGAGAGUUAAGAUUUGUAUCUUUAAGUUAUUACAUUUCUUUUUGAUGAACAUGCCUUUAUUGUUACCCUGCUGAAAAUUCUAAUGAUUAAUUUAAGUCUAAAAUCUAGCCUCAUUGCUACGUCAUAUCUUUAGCAAUGAUACAAGAUGUAGAGUGAAGUUCAUACUAUGGACCCUUUUAAAUUAUCAUCUCGUAGGUGUAAAAUGCGGGUUUUUUAUGAUAGUGCUAUUUAUAUAAUGUAGGUAAUAUAGAAAAUAUAAAAUGAUUCCACAUAUCGACAGGGUUUAAAAACCGCGGCCACAUACUACAAGAUCUGCUAAAGACCGAAGAAACUAAUAAAGCAGAGAGUUUCCUAAUUAUAAUUCAAAUUAUACAAUUUCUGUUAUCAGACUUUGUUCUUCUUUUUUAUAUGCGAUGCAUAUUUUAUUGCUGUGUUCCAAAUUUAACAGUUACUUACUUCCCAUUAUGAAUAUGGAUAAGCAGAUUCAUUAUAAUACUUUGUUUCUUGUAUGCGAUCCUUUAUUAUUAACCUCAUUGUGUAAUAAAAGAGCAUGAUUUAAUUUGAAGUAUUCGGGACCUUUGUCGCAUUUUAAGUCGUAUAUCGUUAUUAAUACUACCGAAUGAUCCGUUUUAAAUCCUGGUUUAAUCAUUCUUUUCUUUACGUAAUUUAAAAUAUUAUUUGAUAUAAUGAAAUAAUCUAGACGACAGUGUGUAUGUGGUUUUGAAUUUGAAUGCCAGGUAUAUUCAAGAUGGGUGGAGUAGCCUCCGUAUAUCACCUACUUCACAAGCGUUUAUUUUGUUAUGCAAUUUAUCUCUAAACUUUUUUGUGUGUCAGUUUUGCCGUUCUUUUUGGCA